ACGGAGAGGUGUUGGUGUACCGCAGGACGCUGGAGACGCUGGAGGACUUCACCCUGUACUCGUCUGGAGACGCUGCUGUCUUUCUGAAGGUGGAGCGCUCCGGAGUGCCGUGGGAUUUCUUCAUCAGCUCUCAGCUCCGGUGUCGCCGGUCCGGUGUCGAGCCGAAGCGUGAGGUUCAGAUCUGCUGUCAUGUGUUCGAGGACGGCUGCUUGACUCUCUGGAGGAUUCCUCACGGAGAAACCCUUCAGGAUCUUCUCGCUGAACCCGUUGCUCCAGACGAUGUUUCUCUGAUAGUCGUUCUGCUGCUGGAGCUGGUGAAAGAGUUUCAUUCCUGUCGAGUGGUUCACGGAGGCCUGAAGCCAGAGUCGCUCUACUUUUAUCACACGGGCAUCACAGCACUAGAUUUCUCAGACUCGGUGGAUCUGCAGCUCCAGACUGACGUCACAACAGCACGAGAUCUUCCUUCUGCUCAGAAAUACAUCCAGCAGGGUCUCCUGUCGCCUUCUGACUCGCCCUAUCACGUCGAUCUGAUCGGCGUCGCAGAAGUCGUUCACAUGCUGCUGUUUAAUCGGCCGAUGAAAGUGACUCAGGAAAACUCGGCCUGGAGUUUAGAUGAAGGAUCCGGAUCCCAGCACACCGUUCCUGUCGAGGCUUUAUGGAAGGACUUUUUCCACAUGAUUCUGAAUCCAGAGGGAAAGUCUCCGGAGCUGGUUUUGUCCGAACUCAUCCGUAACGUGAAGAACAACUGAUGAAGUCAAGCUGCACUCAUUCGUUGUACAGUAAUGCCAUUAGUUAAACAACAGCUCUGAUUAUGAAUUGGUGGCUGUGAAAUUAAUGUUAUAUAUAUAUUGUUUUUUACAUGUUAAUAAACUAUUUUCACAUCGUAAUCUUAAAGAGUUUUUUGAAUUAAGAGCGUCUGAAAGCGUUAGUCUUUGUAUUAAAGAAUGACUGAAGCUAUGAGAGCUUGUUAUAUAAUGAAUAAAGGGUGUAUGACACUAAA